AAAAAAAACAAACGAAACAAAAUACUUUUUUUUUCUUCCCUCACUACAGAAAAAAAAAAGAAAAAGCAAACUUAUUGUAUCAGCCUCAACCGUUACAUACAGGCACAGCCAUCCCACUACCUCUUCCAUUACAUCAACUUUAAAUGAAUAACUUCUACAAAAAAAUUACUUAUAAAAUUACUGAAACUGUUUACUUCUUCCACGAAGUAACAUAUGUUUUCAUCUCUCCUAUCCUUUUGAUUUGGAAGCCACAACAUCAUAUAUUCUUUUCAUUUUUCUUCUAUUGAUAAAGACUAUCCUUCAAUCUAAUAGUUUUUGAAGUUAGGGAAACGAUCAAAAAUGUGUACAAAAUAAUUUUUGCAAAAGAUUAAGCAAAACUUACAGAAAUUCACCGGUAUACAUUGGUAGGUGGUGCAUACGAGUUCGUAUUAUAGUUAUUUAGCAAAUGAUUUAGCAUUAAAGUUAUGUCUCAGCAUUUAAUUAUUUGAUGUUUUGCAGUUUUGAAUUCUUUUUAAUUUUGUUUUGCAGAAGAACCGAUGUGUAACACUCCCGAUCAGGAAUAAAUAAAAGUUAAUUAGUUUGUCAUGCACCAAUCAAACAAGAACAUACAUGACGAACUAAGAACUCUAACCAGAUCGAAGAUACUACUACCACGGGCCCAAACAUUUGAUCCGAGGUUCCCAGAUCAGAUCCGAAAUCCUAAGAUCAUAUGUCCAAGAACAUGUUUCCUAGCAAAUCCAAGUUAAGGCUUUGCAACCCGAGUUUGAAACCGUUAGUUAGUUCGUCCCGGACUAGGACUAGUAUCAUAUGGAAUCCAAGCAUUUCACAAACUUUUUUUUUUAUUCAUAUAUACUUUAAGUUCAACCACAUCAAAAUUUAUACAUGCUCGGCCGAUGUUCCAAAACCAUAUCUUACAUAUUACAAAACGUUCAUGUUUGCAAAAGGUAGCAAAUCUACACCAACAGCUUUGUGCUCCUCCGAUCCCAAAUAGAACCUACUCAAGUAAGUGGACUUUGUGUUUAGAGUCAAUGGGCGCAAGAAGGACUGCCUCUCGCUGUCGGCUUUACGAGUGGUUAGAUCAUUAUCGAUCAUCGAGGACUGCCUCUCGCCAUCGGCUUUUUAGACUUUGUGUUUAGAGUCAAUGGGCGCAAGAAGGGAAAAGAUCAAUCCAACUUCCACUUACUUGAGUAAUUUUUUCGGCUGUUACAAGAUUUUUCCUUGUCUUCGUUUUAUUCUUUAAAGAUGGUUAUUACACGAUGUUACCACAUCUUCAUGCGACCAUGAAUUUCUUCCUCUAACCAAAGCUCUCGACUAAAAUCGAAAGUCAAUACGCAGACUAAUUAAAAGUGAGAUGAAGAGGUACGAUUGUCAGAAAAAUCAAACUUAAUUACAAGGAGAUUCGCUGCUUAUGUUGAAGAAACAAAACGAGAUAUUCUAGUUUAAAGUCGACACAACAAAAGAAGAAUGGAAAAGAAGGGAGACUCUCAACCCACAUACCGCUCACCUUUUGAUAAAUAGGUCAGAUGCAAAACCUUUUAACCAUUCAAAGGAGCAUUAAACAAAACUUUGCCAAUAAAUUCUUUUUCUCUCUUUAAACAUCAAUAAAUCUUAAAAAACAUUUUAUGCUUGAAAAUUCUUAAAUAUUAAAUUUGUACAAUCUUUAAAUGACUAUUCUAAACAGUAUUUUAUGUAAUAAAUAUCAUUCUCGUAACAUAUAUAAGCAUGUCUGGAUAGGUUUGAGGCCAUUUUGAAUUCGGUAAAAUAAAAUAAGUAAUCAGCUAAAUAUAUUUACUUUUUUGUCGACAGCUAAAUAUAUUCACAUAUAAAAAUUAUUAGCAUACUAUCUAAACUGCAAUAUUUCUUUUACUAUAUUUCACUAAUAAAUAUACUAAAAUGUCAUGUAUCAUCAAUUACUUCUUAUAAUUAUUCAGAUUUAUAUAUAUGUAAAAUAAAUAUUUUUUCUAGUUACAACACUUUUAAGUUGAACUAAAAAAAGAAGAUGUUUUGUUAUCUAUGAAGAUUAAGAAUAACAUUUUAAAUUUAUUAAAAACAAUGAAAGAACACCCGCGCGUAUACGGAAGAAACAUGCUAGUAAGUUAAUAACGCAUAAGUCAUCUUACCAAUCAAAAUUUGCCACAAUUCAUAUUUACAAAAUUAAGAAAAAUGAAUUAAAAAGUAAAAUGCUAAACAGAAACCGUAGAACGUUUUUAUUUUUAAAGCAGCACACGACCUAAGAUACUUUCUUUGUCCACAAUCCUUUUCAUUUCUUUUCCAUACUCUAAAGUUCCUCAGGUUCAAUAAACAAAGAAAUUUCCAAUUGGAUUAAGUUUGGUAGUAGGGGCAGGAACAUGAAGUCUUGGAGAAGGCAAACACAGUGCUGACUUGGGAACGUUAAUUAAAUUCUAAGAGAAAAUUAACAAAUACAUUUUUUUUGAAUGAACAGAGACAUAUACUAGCAGGGGCGGACGUAUGUGGUAGUCUAUGGGGUCACGUGCCCCCGUCUACUUUUUCAAAAAAAAAAAUUAUGUAUAGUUAGUUAUGUAUAAUUAUUAGUGAACACAUAAGGUAACGUAUUCCUACAGAUUCUUCUCGUGAAAUCAUUACUCAAAAACACAUAAUUGUAGCCCAAAAUUAAAAUAUAAAGCCCAAUUUAAGAAACCCAUAACCCAUUCAAAAUCAAAGAAAAUUAAUGAAAGAAGUGGAUGGUGAAAAGUUGACCUAGUUCAAUACGUCUUUUAUCUUUCGUUUUGUUCUCUUCCUUUUAUUUUUUUCAAUUAAAGUUUUCUGCUUCCAGUCACAAAAAACUCUAAAUCAGACGAACAAAAAAGUAACGCAGGUAAAAAGCUUCUAUAUUAAAUUAUUGUUGCUUCUUAAAUAAGAACUAUUACUUUUUGUCUAAUUUUAAAUUACGAAUUUGCAAUAGUUACGAACUUGCGAUUUAACUAUUUGAUUAUAUGCUAGGCUUUUUUUCUUCCAAAUUGAUAAAGACUUGAUAACUAUAGGAUUAUUGUUAGAACGUGAAGAUUAUUGUUAGAACGUGAGAAUGGAUGGGAAAUAAAAAGUAAGAAACAAAUUAUAUUUUUUGUGGAAUUUUGUGUUAGCAAACGUGAGUACUUGGUUAAUAAAAAAUCAUGAAAAUUUAGGAAUUAUAGAAUUGUUGUUUGAGGAAUGUUUUUUUUCUUUUGCAGUUAAGUUUUCAAUGGAAAAAUAUUUCAAACCCAAAAGAAAGUUUGAGUCUUUAGCUAUGUCUGAAGAUGAAUUGGAGAAAUUACCUUAUGAUCCCGGAGAAAGGAAAAGAAUAUCAAAAUAUCCUCCAAAUCAAAGAGAUGAGGUAAUACGCAAAUAUCUUAUUAGAGGUCCUUGUCAACCAUGUGGUCAUGAAUUUCCUAAAACAUUGUUUACAAACAAAUUGAGACGAUUCAAUCCAUCUUGGUUUGAUCUCUAUGGUGAUUGGUUGGAAUAUAGUGUGAAGAAAGACAAAGCAUAUUGUUUGUUCUGCUACUUGUUUAGAGAUUACACUGAAAAUAAAGGUGGAAGUGAUGCAUUUGUGAUUACUGGCUUUGAUGACUGGAACAAGACUGAGAGAUUACAAGAUCAUGUUGGAGCAGUGAACAGUUUUCACAAUAGUGCAUUGAAAAGGGCUGAUUAUUUUAUGAGACCAGGGCAGUCAAUUGUUCAUGCUUUUUAUAAGCAAGAUGAUGCGGCUAAAAAUGAAUACAUGAUCAGAUUGAAUGCUUCAAUUGGUGCUUGUAGGUUUUUGUUACAACAAGGACUACCAUUUCGAGGUCAUGAUGAGUCAGUAGAUUCAGUCAACAAGGGAAACUUUUUGGCGCUUUUGAAAUACACAGCAGAGCAAAAUGAACUUAUGAGUAAAGUUGUUUUAGAGAAUGCUCCAAAAAACAAUCAGAUGGUGUCCCACAAAAUUCAGACAGAUAUAGUUCAUUGUUUUGCAGAAGAAGUUAUUGAAUCUGUCAUUCAAGAAGUUGGUCAUGAUAUAUUUUGCUUGUUGGUGGAUGAGUCUGCAGAUGUUUCUGACAAAGAACAAAUGGCAGUGGUUUUUCGCUUUGUUGAUAAUCAUGGGAUAGUUAAAGAAAGGUUCAUUGGUCUAGUUCAUGUGAAAGAGACAUCUUCUUUAUCUCUAAAGUGUGCUGUUGAUUCAUUGUUUGCUAAACAUGGACUGAGUAUGAAAAAGCUAAGAGGACAAGGUUAUGAUGGAGCGAGUAAUAUGAAGGGUGAAUUCAACGGUUUGAGAUCUUUAAUUAUGAGAGAAUGUAGUUCUGCGUAUUAUGUCCAUUGUUUUGCUCAUCAACUCCAGUUAGUUGUCGUGGUAGUUGCUCAAAAGCAUUUUGGGGUUGUGGAUUUCUUUGAUAAGCUUGCUGUCUUGUUAAAUGUUGUUGGGGCUUUUUGUAAGAGAAAAGAUAUGGUGCGAGAAGAUCAUCUGAAAAGAAUAGAGGAAAGAACUAAGAAAGGUGAAAUGAAGACAGGAAAGGGAUUAAACCAAGAGGCUCUUCAAAGGAAAGACUUGGAUAUUCUGAAUGCUAUGUCGCUUGUGAAAUCCACCAAGCAACAAUUGAAUAAGCUCAGGGAAAAUGGAUGGGAAUCUCUGAUCAACAAAGUUUUUUCCUUCUGUAAAACUUACAAGACUGAGUUGAUGGAGUUUAAUGACCGCUUUGAUGAGGUAAACACUGAAUUACUUGGUUGCAUUGCUUCUUUGAGCCCUAGUGAUUCAUUUCGUGAGUUUGAUCACUUGAAAGUUAUGAGGUUGUCUGAGUUUUAUCCUGAGGAUUUUAGUCAUAUGGAGCGGAUGACUCUUGAACAUCAACUUGGUCUCUAUAUUGAUAACAUUCGCGAAGAUGAAAGAUUUGCUAAUUUGAAGAAUCUUGGAGAUCUUGCAUGUAUGAUGGUAGAGACAAAGAAACACCUUUCACAUCCUUUGGUUUAUUGGAUUUUAAAGCUAGUUUUGACUUUGCCUGUCGCCACUGCUACAGUUGAAAGAUGUUUUUCUGCGAUGAAGAUUGUGAAGACUAGCUUGAGGAAUCGGAUAAGUGAUCAGUUUUUAAAUGAUUGUUUUAUUUGUUUUGUUGAGAAAGAACUAUUUGAGAAAGUAACAAACGAUGCUGUGAUAAAAAGAUUCCAGAAAAUGGAAUCGCGUAGGAUUAAUUUGUAAGGUGAUUUUUUGAAGAAUUUUAUUUAAAUGAAUUUAGUUAUAAAUGAUAUUGUGCCCCCGGUAAAAAAUCGUUCUGGAUCCGCCCCUGUAUACUAGCAAAGUUAAAAAUGAACAGAGACAU